CAGAUUACAGUGUUGCCGCACUUUUCCUUUCUUUGUUAACUUGCUUUCUUGACACCACACCACAGCACGCAACACCUCCGGUCACUUCAGUCCACUGCCGGUUGCCGGCGACCACCUGGCUACAUAUGAUGUCCAAAUUAGCAAUAAUUACAAGACUGGCUAGACAAAUCAGUCAACUUACAGUGAAUAGAACUUCCAUACUCACUUGCAGUUACAGUACAGAUGUGCGCUAUUCAAUCUCCAACAGGGGUGAUGCAGAGACAACGGGGUCCUUAGGUGAUCGAUUUGGCUAUAAAUCUCUCUCUUCCCUCGCAGGAAAACCCAUUGGAGGCAACUCCAAGCCCCAAGUAGGAGAAAAUGUCUCAAGGAAGGACAAGAUUAGCUUUCUUGUAAAUACACUUCUUGAUCUAAAGGAUAGUAAGGAAGCUGUAUAUGGUGCACUUGAUGCUUGGGUUGCAUGGGAGCGGAAUUUCCCCAUUGGAUCCCUAAAGCAGGUAUUGCUCAAACUAGAGAAAGAGCAACAAUGGCAUAGAAUUGUUCAGGUUAUUAAGUGGAUGUUAAGCAAGGGUCAGGGAAAUACAAUGGGGACAUAUGAACAGUUAAUUAAAGCACUGGAUAUGGAUCACAGAGCAAAAGAGGCACAUGAGUUUUGGAACAAGAAAAUCGGUUCUGAUCUGCAUUCUGUGCCCUGGCGGUUAUGUAGUCUUAUGAUUUCUGUAUAUUAUCGUAAUCAUAUGCUUGAGGAUCUUAUUAAGCUAUUCAAAGGCUUAGAAGCAUUUGAUCGGAAACCUCCUGAUAAGUCCAUUGUACAGAAAGUAGCUGAUACAUAUGAGGUGCAAGGCUAUCUUGAUCAGAAGGAUCGCUUACUAGAGAAGUACAAAGACUUGUUUACAGAGACAUGGAAUGGAAGUCCAAAGGGAUUGAGAGGAUCUCGACCCCAAAGAAAAGAAAAACAGGCACAGGAAGAUUAAGGGUUAUAUCAAAUGUGUUUAGUAUGCAGUUGUUCGAUAUCAGGUUUAUCAAUCUACUCAAUAUUUUUCAGAGAUCUUAUCUUGGCGCAGUUGAAAAUUGUUUGUUACACUGUCAAGAAUCAAGCAAACCCCUCUGCAGGACAAUGGGAGCCUGUGCGACCAUGCAUUCCGCCAAGUUUAAGUUUAGUUGAAACCUUUAGAUACUAUUCAGAUCAAACUGCUAUGCUUUUAUGUAGUUUUAGCAUUUUAUGGUGCUUGUCUAUGGAGCUACAAGAUGCGAUUGAAACAUUUACGUAAACGAAAAAAAACAGAAUGGUGUUCAUGUUUUGAGAUUGAUGAAAUUCCAGUUCUUGAUUAUACUAAUAAUUUAUUUAAUUUUUCCUCA